AUGGAAGGUGGUGAUAAGAGUCCUUAUCGUAUAUUGAACAAAACGCUGCGCUCUGAAAAUCGCCGAGAAGCUGCACCUUGGUUUGGGUUCCUUAAAUUAUUUGAUACAGGCCUCUCUAAAUGGCCAACCGUCCAAGAAUGUGUUUGGCGAGGUGCUCAUGGAGAUAUUAGUCAACAAUUUAAAGAAGGUGAUAAAUUAACAUGGUGGAGUAUAAAUUAUUGUUCGAUAUCUUUGAAAGUCGUGCAAGAUUUUCUCGGAUCAGAAGAGAACACCACUCUUUUAAUGAUUGAAGCAGAGAAUGCCAAAGAUAUCAGUGGUUAUACAAAUUUUCCUGAUGGAAAGGAAGUCUUACUACACCCAGGAACUCAACUACGUGUGAAAAGCAAUGCUUUGCAUCAUAAAGGUGGUUCGGACGUUGUUCACUUGGCUGAAGUAUAUGACAGUCAUGAAGUACAACUGCCAAAUGCUAUGGCUGCUCUGAAAUUAUCAUCAAAAGCAGAUAACAAAAACGCUAUCGGUAAGUGCAAAAUACAUUUCUUCAUUAACACGCUUUUAUUUGAUGAGAAUAUAUUGAGAUAAUUCUAUAUGUACUAUGUUUCUCAUGAAUUUUUGGCAUAAAUUUUUUUUUAUGUUGAAGAUACUAAACCAUCGAAAUCGGCAUUUACUUCAAAGUCAAUGACACAAACAACCAAGAAAAAAUCAUCAUAUGGUGUGAGUCUGGUAUUAUUUCUGUAGAAACAAGCCUCUAACUUCGUAGUGACAUUCAAAGUUAGAUGAGUGUCAUAUUAUAUGACUGAAUUUUCAUUAAAAUAUAUUCUGAAGUUAUUUUUUUUGUAACUUUUUCCAAAAGCAUUCAGAGGGUGUGGGUAUGAGUCUGGGUAUACUUAUUCUCAUCACACCCACACCCACCCCUGAUGCAUCAUCGGCAUCCAAACAGAUAAGAAUUUCUGAAAACAUGUUUAAAAGCUCCAAACGCGAUUCAUGUUUGAGCGUUUUCGUAUCCAUCACCCAACUUGCGAUCACAAAGACUAUUAUCCGACAGCAUGACAGCUGCGAGUACAGAUUCAUUCUUCACUCUCGGUGCGAACGAGUACUCCGUACUGUUGUCGAUUACUGUAAACGCAAAAGUCGCGUUACUGUAUCGUCUGAAGAUAGAGCAAAAUGCAGGAGUACAUUCUUUGUGAUGCACAACAUAUAUAAAUGAUUUUGGCUAAUAUCCAGCGUCCUACAGGAAAUUUUGAACACCAGCGUCGCUUCAACAAGACAACUGUGAAAAUUUGUUUCAAUUAGAAGAUUCGAUAUGUGAAUGUGUGCAGAUUUAUUGCCAUCAUAUCAACAUAGACGAAAAGCAGUGAUUAUUCAUCAUCUUGCACAGGCUGAAGGAAUAAUUCCUGUAUUCUGUCAGGUUCAUCAUUUGUUAAACAUCAAGGGAAAAUGGAUUGUCAUUGUCGAAAGAUAAAAUACUGUAUUAUUCAAUGAUCAAUUAUGGACAUAUGAAAUUGAGUUUACAGGAAUGAUGGUCAAAAUAGACGUAGAGCAAUGCUUGGAUAUUUUACCACAUUGUCUUGAUACUUUUCUAGUUGAACAAGCACAUUGCAUAAAUAUAUUAACUCGUUCAAAACCAUAGCAAAAAAGUUCUUCUUUCUGAUAUUCAUACGGAAUGAAAAGAGAUUUAGUUUGAUAUGUACUAUAGGAAAAAUUUGUUAUUUAUAUCCAAAACAUUUGACAGUUAUUCUUUUUCUUUUGUUUAUAUAACACUUGUUCGUAUUUAGUGUAAGAAGAGAAAGUAAAUGCACUACAUUUUUCUUUAUUAUUAUAGGAGGAUUUUUUUCUUUCAAUAGAUUAUAAUGAUUAAAGAUAAAUUAUCAACAUAAAUAUGGCACAAGCAAAUGAUGAUACUUCUCAUUUACUAAUCAAAUUCAAGAAUCAAGGUGAUAAUCGAAGUCAAGAAGAGUCCUUGGUCGAAGAAUACUAUAUAUAUAAACGGGCAGUAAUAUGACCGAAUGUUCUAUAGAAUAGGAUGCAAAAACGGCCGUUUACAGUAAAAUUACGGGUAAUUUGCUGUGAUCCGUAACAAUCGACCUGGGCGUAUUAACAGUUAUUAAUAUAUCCACUAACAGUUCGAUUGGAUAUAUAUGAAUGUGGUACACAGACGAACUAAUGUAAGCUCAACUUCUCCACCAAUUGUGAGACUCUUAGUUGUUGUUGUAUAUAGUUUAAAAUUAGGUAGACCUGUUACAUGUAAAAUGGGGAUGGUAUCUCCAUUGAAUAUGAGUUCGCGUAUAAAAACGACUUCCAGGUCGAUCAAAACAGAUCAUUGUAAGAACCCGUAACGUUAUCCGUAAGCAAGUGUUUAUGCAACGUGUUCUACCAUAUACGGUCGUUUGAGGUCCUCUUUCUUCGACCUGGGUUACCCUAUUUUUGUUGUACGAAUAUUCGAAUCAUAAAUACAUUGAAUAAUGUUUUAUUUCGAUUAAUGAAAAUAUAACACAGUAAUAAACAAUAAUAAUCAAGAAAAGAAGAUAAUAAUAAUCAGAAAGAGAAAAAAACAAUUACGCAAUAAUAGUAAAUCAAUCAUGAGUAAAUUGUAGCCUACAAAUUGCAUAAUAGAUGAAAGAGAAUCAAAGAAACAAUAAAAAUAAAGAAAACGUUUAGCGUCAACUAAUAAAUGUAUGCAUUAUAGAAAAAAUUCUUUUGUAAUGAUUAAAUCGUUUGAAUAGAAGUAUUAUGUUAUAGUUCAUGAUUAACCAAACAAUAUUGAGUUUAUUUUUGUUUCGAAUAGUUUCCAAGUGAAAAAGAUCAAAAUUCCUGCGAACAAUAAAAACUGUAGAAUGCUUUCAAAAGGGGAACAUGCGUAUCUCAUCGCAUAUGUACUGUUAUAGAGCAUAAUUAUAAGCUCAUCUAGAUGGCGAUAACGUUCUUGCAGUUUGGUCAACAAGGCUGUUGUCGAUUCAUCACUUACUGCAAUAAUUUCUCGAUUUUCAAUACGUGCAUGUAUGGGUAUUGCAAUAAACAUAUUGACCUGUUUUCGUAGAUAUCGAUCAGGUACUUUUACCAUGCGUUCAUGAAUGAUAGAACCAUUUAUUCGAUGAAUAUGCCAAUUGUAACAAUGAAUUAUCAGAUAAAUAAUCGAAAUGACAAUCGGUGCAACCCCUAGGACCUUGUUUUCGGUUAAAUAAUGGUAGCAUACAAAUGAUCCGAUAAUGAGUAUGAGGAAAACGAAAGCUAAAAGAAAGGAAUGUCCUCCGCGCAUGCAUCGCUUCUUUUUUAGUGGUAUCAGUUUCGAAAUCAUUAUAUCGUUUAACAGCAAAGUUGUACCGACUUGCGUAGUCCGAGCGAAUAUAAAUAGUAUACCCUGUUUCUCGAAUUUCGCCAAAAUCUAUCUUGAGCUUCGCCUGUCUGAUUUUCAAGGCCAACAAGUCAUCAUUGGUGUCACUCAUUGUCGGCACGUGCUGAUUUUUUAUGAUAUUCACAGAUAGAUUAUUUGCUAGAAACGACAAAAUGUUUUCAUAAAUAUUUAUCUAUUUUCAUUCUUUCCUAAAAACUCUCAGAUCGAAAUAACAUAGACAAGAAUCCAUUCUGUAAUCUACGAUGACAGCUACUUUUUACUCUACUUUUUGUCCUAAUAAAACAUCUGAUUUACCCUGUUACUGUUCGUGCGAUUAAGUGAUACGUGACAUCCUAAUGCACACAACAUCGAAAAGCUAUAUUUAAAAUAAUAAUAUGAGUCUUUCAAAAAUGCAACUAAAACUGGGAAUCCAGUAUAACAAAGAUUAAAACUAACGACGUCAGGUUCUUACAGAUUAAUGUAAGUGAGCAGUCUUAAAAAUGUCUCGAUUAUUGGUAUCUGAAAUAAACCACACACGGCCUUUUUAGUUGUUUACAAUAGUAUAUUAUCGCUCAAGUGAAGUCUAUCCUUUUAAGUACUGUCUCUUGGUAAAUGCGCCAGACUAAUCGAAAACUUCUAUGAAACUUGAGUUAAAAAAAUGAUCUUCUCGCCUCUAUGAGACGUGCCUUACAAAUGUCGUAGACGUGCGUAAAGAAACCUUCUGCGAUCGUACUUUAUGAUGUAGACGGAAGAACCUUUCUGAUUUUGAGAUUGUAGGGUAUCUGCUGCAUCCACUACAUCAUUACUAUACAUCCUCAAGUAAUAAUCAACGUGUCACUAAAUAUAGUGAUAGCUACUUGAAAAUUUAUUUUGAAUUUGUCAUUGAUUUAUUAAUAUGAUCGAGGAGUACUUUCGUGUAACCGAAAUAUGAAAAGGAUAUUUUAUGUCGCUAAGGAAAACAUAUUCCCUAUCGUAUCCUUUUGGUAUCAUGGCACAAAUCUAAUACAAAGCGAUUUAAUGGGCACGCUUUUAAUAUUAUAUUUUAGCACACACAAUAACUAAUGUAUGAAUCAAAAUCCAUGGAUACCGAUGAAGUACCUGAGUUAGUACUUGAUCUGUAUAAAAUUUGAACAUAUUUCCAAGUAAUCCCCCCCCCCCC